AUGGGAUAGUGGUGGUGGCAUCUGAUUUUGACAGAUUCUGAAGUUUUAUCCGUCACGAAUUAGGUUAUGUAUAUGUUUUUGUUUUAUUUAUCAUUUAAUUCAAAUGUUUUGUUUUAGCCUCAACUAAGGUACUAGCACCAUAUUUACAAUUAUGUCGUAUGAGCCAUACAUUUGUAACUUAGAUCCAGAAACAAAAACAUCGCUUAAAGUAUAUCUCUUCAACCAUGUUCAGAAUGUGGAAGAAAUACGAAGCAACAUUAUGAAUGGUACUUGGAAAUGCGCUGCGAUAAAGCCCAAUUUGAUAAUAGAUUUAUUUCAAAUUGCUGUCGCUGCAAACAAAGCAGUGUUGGCGGAAAAAUCGCAAGCCAUGCUUACUCGAACUGUCUACGCUGAGAUUCUGUUUAAUUUGUCCUUGUCCAAAAACAUAUCUCAAAGUUUGAGUAAAUUUGGUGUUGAGACAGAUCGGAGCCUGCUGAUUUGUUUCUUAGUAACAGCGGACAGUGACGAAAGUGAAACCAUUCUUGAACAAAUAAAAGGCGAAUUAUUACCAAUUAGCGAUUUAGUGAAGUUUACAGACAUGCAAGAAGUGAAGAACAUAUAUAAAUUAAAUAAUGUGAAGUCCGAUGUCAAUCUCCUUAAUUUGAUAAUCACCAAAAUGGUCACAAAAAGUUUUAUCGCACAUUAAGACCUUAAAUUGAGUUAGCCAAAUAGAAAAUGAUGUAUUACAUCUGAUCACAUCGAUGUCAUUAGUCUUGACAACAUUAUUAACUUAAAGCUGAAUCCGAUAAUCAAUUUGGAAGCAAUACUUGUACUCCAAUAAAGGUCAAUAGUAUUUAUUUUGUAUAUGUA